AUGAGCAACUCUAGCUAUCACUCUGGUGGUAGAAUUGUUGUAGCUUGGAAGGAUAGUUGCUUCACAGUUAACAUUGUUGUUGCAUCCAGUCAGUUUGUUAACUGCCAUGUUACUCCUGUAAGUGGUAGGCAGCCCUUUUAUUGCACUUUUGUUUAUGCUUUUAAUGAUGCUGGUAUGAGACAAGAUCUAUGGAGGGAUUUGUUGUUGCUUAAUACUCAAGAUCCCUGGAUUGUGUGUGGGGAUGUCAAAUGUGUUAUGGCAUUAGAUGAGAGAAUAGGAGCUCCUGUAAGACAUAGUGAUAUUAUGGAUGUGAGCAAUUGUAUGCAUGCUUUUGGUUUGGAAGAUAUUAAGUGUGUGGGCAAUCUCUUUACCUGGAAUAACAAGCAACAAGGAAAUAACAGGGUUUUUUCAAAAAUUGAUAGAUUUAUGGCUAAUCAUGCUCGGCAAUCUUGCUUUCCAUUUGCUGAAGUGUGCUUUAUGCCAGAAGGUCAUUUUGAUCAUUCUCCUGGACUUCUUUCUGUGUAUCCCAGAGAUGAUGGAGGGAAGAAACCCUUUAAAUACUUUACUAUGUGGAAGUCUUCAACUGUGUUUUCUGAUACUGUUCAGCAGGCUUGGAACACACAAAUUCUUAGAACUAAAAUGUUCAUCUUGAUUAAUAAGCUUAAAAGAGCAAAACAGGCUCUUAAAGAGUUGAAUAAAGUAGGUUUUACUGAUAUUCAUGCUGCAGAUUUGAGAGCUUAUCAGACUAUGAAAGCAAAAUUGUCUUGGCUUAAAGAUGGGGAUGAAAAUACUUCCCUUUUUCACCAGAGUAUCAAGAACAGGAAGGUGCAGAACCAAGUUUAUAGCAUCUAUGAUAUGAAAGGAGAAUGGAAAGAUACAGCUGAUGGGGUGUCCCAAGCUUUCCUGGAUUAUUAUAAAGUGCUACUAGGUAGUACUUCUGAUAAUAGAACACCAGUAAACAGGGAGGUGGUUCAGCAGGGGCCAGUUUGUAUGGAUCAUCAUAAAGCUAUUCUCAAUGCUCCCUAUACAGCAGAUGAAGUUAAGAAGGCUCUUUUCUCUAUUCCAGGUAUUAAAGCUCCUGGUCCAGAUGGCUUUGGUUCUUAUUUUUACAAAGAUGCUUGGCAUAUUGUUGGGGAUGAAGUCAUUGCAGCCAUUCUUGAUAUGUUACAGCAAGGAAAAAUCUUGAAGGAGGUGAACCACACUUUGAUUACUCUCAUCCCUAAGACUAAAUUUCCAAAAGAUGUGAGUGAGUUCAGGCCAAUCUCUUGCUGCAACACCAUUUAUAAGUGCAUAACAAAAGUCUUGUGUGGGAGAUUAAGACAAGUUCUUCCUGAUCUCAUUUUGGAGAAUCAAGGAGGCUUUGUUCAUGGGAGAUACAUAGUUCAUAAUAUUAUGGUUGUUCAAGAUUUAGUAAGGCAUUAUGGGAGGAAAGGGGUUAAGCCUAGUUAUCUUAUGAAUAUUGAUCUUCAAAAAGCCUAUGAUACUGUUGAUUGGCAAUUCUUACAGGAGAUGCUGGAAUUGUUGGAUUUCCCUAAGCAAUUUGUUGAUAUGGUUAUGCAAUGUGUGUAUACUCCCAUGUUUUCUCUGAUGCUGAAUGGUUCUAUGCAUGGAUUUUUUAAAUCCCAGAGAGGUUUGAGGCAAGGAGACCCUAUCUCUCCUCUGCUGUUUGUCAUUUGCAUGGAAUACUUGUCUAGAAUUCUGAAUAGAGUGAGCUCUAUGCCUCAGUUUCAAUUUCAUCCAAGGUGUAAGGGGAUUGGUCUUACUCACUUAUGUUUUGCUGAUGAUCUGAUUAUCUGUAGCAAGGGAGAUUAUCAUUCUAUUUACUUGUUGCUUCAAGCUUUUAAAUUGUUUUCUAAUUCUUCUGGCUUAAAGGAAAAUGAACAAAAAUCUUCUAUCUACUGUCAUGGGAUACAGGAAUCUGAUAUUCAGAGGGUAGUGGAUGUUUCUGGAUUUUCUAGAAGUAUUCUUCCUUUUAAAUACUUGGGUGUUCCUAUAUGCUCUAAGAAGAUUUCGGUGGCUCAGUGUGCUCAUCUGGUGGAUAAGAUGAUAACCAGGAUCAAAGUUUGGAGUUCUAGGAACUUAUCCUAUACAGCAAGAAUGCAGCUUGUUAACUCAGUGUUGCUAAGUUUGCAUAUGUAUUGGGCUCAAAUAUAUGUGCUUCCAAAAAGUAUUCUACAGGAUAUAGUGAAGAUCUGCAGAACCUUCCUAUGGAGUGGUCAUGCUUUCAGUCAUAAACCAAGCAAUAUAGCUUGGGAUAACGUCUGUAGUAACAAGCAAACUGGAGGUCUGGGGUUUAGAGAUGUUCAGACUUGGAAUAUAGCCUUUAUGGGAAAAUAUGUAUGGGCUUUAGUCAAGAAGCAGGAUAAUGUGUUGAUUAGGUGGUUCUAUUCAGUCUACUUAAAGGAUGGGGAUUGGUGGGAGUAUCAGCAUGGCUCUACUGCUAGCUGGUACUGGAAGCAAGUUUGUAAUACAAAGGAGAAACUAAAACAGUUUUUUUCUCUUGCAGAGUUUGAAAACAUGCCUCAGUAUUCAGUGAAGCAAGUGUAUGAAAAAACUUGUAGGGAAUAA